AUUUAUGAAACGAUGAUAUUUUUUCACUUCAGAGGCUUAAUGCAAAGAAAGAACAUCGCACUUGUGAGGCAAAAUACGCUGUGCUGAGUGAGCCGUGGUUCAGAACAUUUCAGUCUUCGAAUAUCAGUCUUCGCAUAACAAACAAAAAAUUACAUGUAAAGCGUGAAAACUUCAGUGAGUUAAUGUGAAUUUUAACACAAUGAAUUGAAAAAUCGUAUGAUCUUCAAUAUCUUUCAACAACCUGAAAUACACUGGUAGUAAAUGCAGAGAUGAAAGUUUUGCUGGCUUACAAUUAGGUCAAAAGUGCUGCAUCAUCCAGAUAACGUCUCGUGAAAGGGAAGGAACAUGAAGCUCAAAAUGCUACAACUCCUCGCUCUCUUCAUCAGCUCGUCAAUAGUGUCUUGCAAAAGCCCGACGGGAGAUCCGGUGUGGGAGAUACGCCACUUGUUGCCGGAAGCGAACAUCGCCAACAAUUCCGUGACGAACGUGACGGUACAAAUGAGCCUACCCUGCCUCUUCCGGCACCUUGCUGAUCAUCAGGUGUCGUGGUUUCGGCGCCGUGACUGGCAUAUUCUCACGACCGGCGUGUACACCUACACGACGGACGAGCGGUUCACGGUACUGCAUCCUGAGGAGAGUGACGACUGGACCUUGCAGAUCAAAUACACGACAAGUCGUGAUAACGGCACAUACGAGUGUCAGCUGUCGACGGGGACUGGCGUGAUCUCUCAGUUCGUGAACUUGGAUGUGGUCGUCCCGAAAGCCGUGAUCCUCGGCAGCAAAGACUACCACGUGCAGCUCGGCUCGACCAUCCGGCUUGUCUGCGUCAUCGAAGACAGCCCUACACCGCCCCAGUACGUGUUCUGUGAACAUUUAAAGUUUUAAAUAUAAUUCAUUUGUACAGAGCCCUACACCUGUCUCUUAUACACAUCUAGAUGUGUAUAAGAGACAGGCCUCCACCAGCGUGUACGCUGGUCUAACACGCAGCCUGCCUCUACCAGCGUGUACGUGUCGCAUGGGGACAAAAUGGCGGCCAUACAAAGACGAAAAUCGAACGCAGAGGCCAGCAAGUCAUCGCUGGCAUUGGCCCUUGCCUCCUUAGCGCUCUGUUUUGUUAUCAGGAAAACAAAUGUGAGGUAAUUUAAAAUAUUUAUUUGCAGCUAAAAGACAUAAAGAUAGUUAGAAGACUUUCUCUAACAAGAGUAAUGAUAUUAUUACUUGUUAUAAAAGAAUUAUGGUUUUGUAUUUAAGGAGAGAGUGAUGUUUUAGAUAAAUAAUUUUUUGGAUAGAUACAAGGAAAGGGUCCUCUCUUGGACCCGACUCAAGGUGUAAAUAGUCGCAUAUUACGUGUUCUUUGUGUUCAACUUCCCAAAUAAAAACGACUUUUACAAAUAAUGAUACUAAGAAUAUUAUUUGCACUCAAAACGAACGAUAAAAGGGUUGGAUAAGGAUAAAAUUUUAAAUAUUUUGAUUGCGAAGAAAAGAUAACAGACGAGAUAAUUAUGAAUAGAAAUCACAAUUCAUUUCUUCUUUCUCAAUUAAGUCAUAAAUUUUAAAUCAUUUAUUAGCAUAAAUAUUUAAACGUAUUUAAAUCUUUAAUUCGAUGAGUGCUACUUACUGAUGUUUGAAUGUUGUAAUUUAAGUAUGCUGCUCAUCUCGCUCUCUCACUGUGACUGUAUUUAUGAGAUAUUCACCUAUGUCAAAAGAUGUUCGAAUCCUUAUUCUGAAAAAUAUACCUGCACAUUUAUCAAUUGCAUUCGAAGAAUUUUCAAUUAAUCUAGAAGAAUAUUAUGGAUGCUGUUAUUGGAAAUUUCCUUAGUAGCUAUUCUAUUAAUUAUUAUAAUUAUUAAUUAUAACUAUUGCCCUAUUUAAUGACGAAACUAAUUAACAAUGAGAUGUCCGGCUGGACUUAUUUAAUAUUAAACCAUCCUGUCAAAUGGGAUCAUUUCUACAAAAACGAAAUUCACAGGUUGAUGAAUUUUUGGCGUAGGUGAAUUUUGCGUCAAUGUGAAUUGUUGCAUAGGUGAUAAAUUGACCGUAGAAUGGAUACUAACCGAUAGGGUUGCAAUAUAAUCAAAUUAUAUUAUUAAUAAUUAUAUUAUAUAAUUAUAUAUUAUAUAUUUAUCUCAAAAUGAAAAGCUACUGUGAAAAUAUAUAGGAAUACAUGCUGCCUGUUGACGAUAAAUCAAGUGGUGGUACGUGAACACUGGCCCUGAGAUAGUUUAGAUCUUGAAGGUAAAUGUUAGAAGCCCAUAACAUUUUGUCCUGGAUGUUAGAUCAUCUUUCAAAGUGUAUCAUCGUUUAUUUAAAAUUUUAAAUGAUUGUCAAAUUAAUGAUGAUUAUUUCAUCAUUACUUCUAGCCUUGAAAAACUAAUCAAAUUCUUCGAUAGUCUCCCCAUCCGUCCUCAAACUUUAGAAAUUCUAGAAAUACUUCACAAAUUAUCGAAUAAUUUAUGCAUUAAAAUUCCUACGUAAUCUUUUGUGCGUUCGUUAAACAUAUUACGAGACUAUAUAAUAUGUAGGACUUAUGUGAAUUUUUUAAUCCAUCACCUAUAAUUGUUAAUCUAUUAAAAAUUUAUAAAAUGUUAAGAAUAUUCCAACGAAUAUCCCAUAACUACUUGAAGUAACAUUGCAGCAUAUAUUUCAUAACUUUUCCAUUAUUUUUCACCAGUUUUCUUCAGUGCAGAACUUGCCGUAAUAGAAUAAUGAAUGCUCCGAUCGAUUGCUGUAUGGGAACGAAUUCGUAAUUGUUUCUGGGAUAUUCCUAAGACCAGAACAAUAUUAUUAAUUCACAUUGAAUAAUAAUAAUAUAAUUGGACACAUAGUCAACCAAGUAAUCAAUAUUGAUAAUAUUUUUUGAACAUAAUUUAUAUUUUAAAUGAUGAU